AUGGCAAAACCAGUUUCAUUCAAGAAUGGAAGCCGUGCGGGCGCUAAGAGAUAUGAUACCAGCAACUUGGACCUGCGCUUCUCGGCCCAGACCACUCCCAGUGGCGAUGUUGAGGGCGAAAACAACAGCAUCGAUGACAUGGACCAGGACGAUUACGAUGCAAUUCAGGAGUUCCGAGCCUUGCGCCAACACGACCGCCUAGCAGAGUCAUCUUACUCUCGUUUCGAGGUGGAGGGUUUCCGACAACAGAUUGCGGCCAAGAAGAAGCAGCUCCACAAACAGCUCUGGGCGGCCGAACAGCGACAACAGCUACGACAGCGAAUCAAAGUAGCUGGGAACAACGGAAUGCUCUCCCGUCAGAACACGAUUUCGUUCACGACGGUGACGGACCCGACAGCCCGACAUCUUGCCGAAUGUGACGCGCAUUGUCACAGUGUGUUAUCUUGUGGCACCGAGACAGCGCCUGAAUACCAUGGCACCCAGCAGAUCGUCUCUCCAGACCAUGCAAGUUAA